AUGCCAAUGCUUGGUCCAGUAAACCGGAAUCCGUUUACAUUCCCGUACGCCAACAAGUGGUCUGUUCCAGGGAUGAAUUAUCAGAGAUGUCCUAGACACUCUUUAAUUGUGUACCAGAACCUCAUCGACCACCUUGGGCUAGAUGAUUUUGUCUGGAUGUCGUACGAGGGUCUCGACCACCAGCCCGACCCCAAUGAUGCUGCUGUGUGGACAUCAAGAACACCCACCAUUAGGUUCACUAUGUUGGAGAUGCACCAAAGUGACAGGGUGAAGCUACAAUUUGGGAUGCAUCAGGAUAUUCCAGAUGCUCCGACAUCAUUGGGGCAGUGGCAUCAGCAACAGGUGGACUCACAGUGCAACACAUCUUAA